AUGGACCAUAAGAGCCUCCAGCACAUCCUCGAUCAAAAGGAGCUCAAUAUGCGACAACGACGUUGGGUAGAGUUACGCAACGAUUAUGAGUAUGAUAUCUGUUAUCACCCAGGGAAAGGAAACGUUGUUGCAGAUGCGCUUAGUAGGAAGGAACGGGAAAAGCCUCUACGUGUGCGUGCUUUGGGUUUGACCAUACAAUCGAGUUUGACCGAUCGAAUUCGUGAUGCACAGCGAGAAGCUUUGAAGGAUGAUGGUUUGAGAAGAGAAGGUUUGAAGGGCUUAGAAUGUAAGCUGAUACCAAAAGCGGAUGAAGUGAUGUACUUCAUGAACCGAGUCUGGGUUCUGCUUAAAGGUAACCUCCGUGAAUUAAUUAUGAAUGAAGCUCAUAAAUCUAAGUAUUCCAUUCACCCAGGUUCUACCAAGAUGUAUCAGGACAUUAAGGAGUUUUAA